AUGGGCGAUGAUGCGGGCCGCAAACCGCUGUCAGCAAGAAUUCGGGACGCUCCUGCCUCCCCAGUCAGAGUAAACUUUCAGGCCGACAACUGGGCCCAGCCUUCGAAUGCGAAUAUUGAAUCGGCGCAGCCCUACCGGGCAGAAUUUUCUACGGCCGAUCGCUCCCAAGAACGAAAUGCCCCGACCCAUUCCCAGCAGUCCGCUGGACGAGAAAUGCUCCCCCCUCUCAAGACUUCGUCCUCCUACACUGCCGAACCCAACCUUCUGAGUCCUGCGAAUUCGCUUUCGCCCACUAAAAGCGGCCGCGAGCAAGCUCCCCGGCCGAUACAGGAAAUACAAGGGUCGGAUAGCUUCAGCGCCCACAGCCCAUCUCGAGUGCAAGAUGGUAACCGCCAUAGUCGAGAGUCGGGCACCAGCGAUUCCAGCAACGCCCAACAACAAGCAUCGGCAGAAUCGUCUGCGACGACGAGUGCAAGCUCCGUUUCCGGUGGCCUUAAUGAGUCGGCCGAGUACAAGGACGAUGAGUCUCCCGAGAGCUCCGUCGUCGACAGCAACAUGCCAGAGAACCACUCCGUUCCCAUGUUCCAGUAUUACCACCACCAAGAGUAUCCUCCACCCGUGUCAAGUGUUCCUCAAGAGCUUGAUGCCCGUCGGUCAUCCUCGAACCCCAGCCUGAAUGCUGACGGAACUUCCGUCAACCGUCACUUAACACCUACUGGGUUCACCAGGAGAAGCUCGAUGCCGCGGCCGUCGUCGGCCUACUCGGCAAUCUCGGAUUAUACACCGAGAGGGCGCUCACCGGGUCUGAUGUCUGGGGGAUCCCAUUUGCGCAGCCCGUCCGGUGCUCGCAGGUCUCCAGAAACUAGGCCGGCUUCAUAUGCAGAGCUGUUGAAUGUGCCAUACCCGCAACCCGCACCAGCUCCCAUUAGCUUCGACAACAACCAGCUAAGGAAUGCUGUUGGCAACAAUGCAUCGCUCCUUGGUGCGCAGAAGACUCUUGAGAUGUAUCGCCAGAACGUGAAGAAGACCAACGACUUCUCCAUCCAGUACUCCUUUGCCGUCUUCCUCAUCUCCACUGCACAGGAUCAAGGCCUCGACCCUAGCGAAGCAGCACCGCGCAAGGGAAGCCCGAACCCCAAGGACGCCUCGACGUCGACUCCCUCUGACCUCCUCCGGGAAGCGAAGGGUAUUCUUCAGAAGCUUGCUAGUGGCGGGUACCCCUUUGCCCAAUACUACCUCGCCGAUGGAUAUGCCUCUGGUCUGUUUAGUAAGGGAAAGGAGGACUACAACCAGGCAUUCCCUCUCUUCGUCCUCGCCGCAAAGCAUGGUCAUGCUGAGUCCGCGUACCGUACUGCACUAUGCUACGAGUUCGGAUGGGGAUGCCGCAAGGACCCUGCGAAGGCAGUCCAAUUUUUGCGCAUGUCUGCAUCGAAGCGUCACCCUGGCGCCAUGUCCCGGCUUGGCAAGGCUUGUCUUUCAGGCGACUUAGGCGAGAAGCGAUACCGCGAAGGUAUCAAGUGGAUGAAACUGGCCGCCGAGGCGGCCGACUCCGUCUACAGCGCAGCCCCCUACCAGUUGGGGUGCUUGUAUGAGACAGGAUACGGCGAUGACAUUUUCAAGGACGAGGUCUAUGCAGCGGAGUUGUUCACCGCCGCGGCAGAGCUAGGCCAUCCCGAAGCCAACUUCCGCAUGGGAGAGGCAUACGAACACGGCAAGCUCAGCUGUCCUCGGGAUCCCGCGCUGAGUGUGCACUUUUACACAGGUGCCGCUGAGCGUGGGCACGCUGGAGCCAUGAUGGGACUUUGUGCAUGGUAUAUGGUUGGUGCUGAGCCAAUACUGGAGAAAGAUGAGGAGGAGGCCUACGAAUGGGCGCGCCGUUCGGCGGAGAUGGGAUACGUCAAGGCGCAAUACGCCGUAGGCUACUUCACGGAAAUGGGCAUCGGCUGCCGGCGCGACAUGCUCGAGGCCAACGUUUGGUACGUCAAGGCAGCCGAUGCAGGCGACGAGCGUGCGAAACAGCGGCUGGCUAUCAUCCAGGCGGCUGUUAGCGGUGGCACACCUAUGGAAGUCGCACCGCCUCGCGGCGGGAAGAUUAAGAAAAGCGGCGAUGACAAGGACUGCGUAGUGAUGUGA